GCUACCAAGCUGUCGGCGUCUGGACGCACCUCGCUGCCCUCCAUAGACGACGUUUCGGGCCGAUUUUAAUGCCGCUAACUUGUUUAAAACUUUCUGCGAAAACGACGUCGUUUAGCGGGUGAUAAAAUGAAGUGUUUGUGGCAAUAAAACUUUUCUUAUCGAUGAACAUGAUCGUCUCAAGAACUUUUGCUUUUCUGUUUGUUGCUCUUUUCCAAGAAGUUGCCUCUUUGAAAGACGUCGUGCUGGAUAUUCAGCCCCGAAUAGUCGAAUUUGGAAAAGAGAGCAAGUUGCGCUGCAGCUAUGACUUAGAACACAAACCGCUGUAUUCUGUUAAAUGGUACAGGGGCCAGUUUGAGUUUUACCGCUUCACCCCUAAGGAACUUCCAAAUACGAUGGUUUUUCGUAUUGAUGGAUUGGAUGUUGAUGUGUUUGAUAAAUCUGUAACCAAAAAGAUUCCGGAUAGAGAUCUAAUUCGAACGGAAUCUUUUUUGGAGCUGGUCCUCUCUCCAAAUGAUUUCCACAACGGCCGAUUAACUCUGAAGUGCGUGGCUCAAAUGGGAGAUUUAUAUCAGCAAGAUACCGACAUCACUUUUACCAACGUUAAGGAUCCCAUUCCAGCUCGAGUUACUCAAACAUCGUCGAGAGCUUCCGUUCAACAAAUCAUUAUUUAUGUGUUUAUUGUCCUUAUACCGAUUAGUAUCAACAAUUUAUAGACAAUUACCUUAAUGGAAAUAACUUUUCUAGUCAAAUAUGUCAAGGGACACAUAUUCGUCUACAGCUGUUUACUUUAGAUAUAGCGUUAUAAAGUUUGUACUAUAUUUGAGUAGAAUUGUGGAAUAUACUGGUUGAAAUACACAGUAAGUUAUUAUAUUUCGAGUAUUGUUUAAUUAUUAUUGAUUGUAGUUGCAAUUAGUUUACUUUCUGUGGAAACUUUCAGUAAAAAUAAAGCUGUUAUGUUAUA